GGGAGGUCCUUUGAAUGCAAGUGGCGCGGUGUGGAAACUGUUUCAUUCUGAGCUGUUGGUUUUUUCGUCAUGCUGCUUGUUUGACAUUUGUUAAUGCAUGUAUUCAUAAGCUUUGCCUAACUAACUCGUUUCGGUCAAUGUGCGGAAGCGUUGUUUCCAGCUAAGUUCGAUUAUGUUUCCGCAGGGGGAAAAUCACUGGUUCAUUCGUAAGGUUGUUUGGUGGAGGGCUGCUGCCAGCACUGCAUGGUCAGUGUUGCUGUUACCAGUCACCACAGCUUUGUUGGUAGUUUUGAGUCAAGCUACUUUAUUGCAUCCUAUCCAGUGGAUAUCUGAAUCCACAAGUCUCCUGUCUAGCUCCUCCAUCAUUUUCUCUCUCCUCAUCCUCACUCUGGUUGUGCUGUUGGUUGGGUUCUUCAACCUGGAAUAUUACACUGUGGUGCCCUCCAUCCCUUGCACCAGGAUAGCCCUGUUGGGAAAAGUGCUUCAUCCCCAGCAGUUUGUCCAUUCAUUGGCCCAUUGCAUGAUGGGCAUGGUGAUGGCAUGGUGUGCUUCUGUAAUGAUCGGGGGGAGAUAUAAGUUAAUAGCCACGCCAUGCACUGAGGAUAGAGGUGGCACUGCUCAUCACAUGUGUCUAAAUGAGUAUCAUCUCUUCUUGAUGUUGGCUGGAGCCUUUAUGGGAUACAGUUACAGUCUUCUUGGACUGGUUAAAAAUAUGAACUACGUUUCAUUUCACACCGUACAGCAAUUCAAGUACCUGCGUUUCAAGGGAGCUCUGCCUCUGGUUGUGAAGUACAGUGCAAUUCAGUCUUUAUAUUCAUUACGGAACUAUUGCAUUUUCUAUUUUUUCCUGGGAUAUGUUCCCAGAGCCUGGAUCUGUACCACAAUGAACCUUCAUAAAAACAGCUCUGUCAAUGCCCUGGACACAGUGGCUGGACUCCUGGACUUCUCCUUGCUUUACCAUCUAUGGAUCAGUAGCACCUUCCUCUUUGUCAUCUGGUACACCACAAUGCUUCUCUUCAAGAUAUACAUCACUGAGGCAUACAGUGUCCCUGUGCAGUCAUCAUUUUCUGAGGAGACAUUCCAAUGUCUACCUGCAGUUUUAAGUGGCAAAGAAACAAUCAUUUUAAAGUUUUUAGCCCUACAAGACUUGGCUUUGUUGUCUCAACACUCCCCAUCAAGAAGACAAGAAGUCUUCAGCCUGAGUCAGCCUGGUGGUCAUCCUCAUAAUUGGAGUGCCAUAUGUAAGGAGUGUAUGUCUCUUAUCAAUGACCUCACUCAGAGGCUGGUGGCUUACCAUGAACUUGUCUCCUCCAAUGGGAGGGCCAAGUCACAGUCCACCACCAAAGAUCAGAAGUCCACCUCCUCAGACGGCUCAGUGUCAUCAGGUAUGGAAGAACUGGCAAAAACUCCCUGGGUUACUGAGGCAAUCAAAACCCCUGGAGUUGUGUCCUUAAGAUCUGUGACAAGCAUGUCCAGCCCCCAGGCAGCGAACAUCGCCACCAAGUCUGAUGGUCCCUUUGCUUCUCCUGUCAUGAAGCGCCUGGUGGGGGUGCAGGACCCCUUCUCACCCUGGUAUGGCUCAGUUCAGAGCCCUCAUAUGACAAGGAGGAGGCCCAAACUGUGGACUUCCUCUACGGAGUCUCCUCUAAAUGGCAGUCCUUUAGCUUCCCCUGCUCAAGCGCCCAUUCCUACUCCUGACUCCAACAAGCCAGGCUUCCUCUCCCUGUGGGUCCAUAACAGACGGGAGCAGGUUAAAAAUUUCUUGGCUAAGCGAGUACUGAUAAUGUACUUAUUUAAUAAGCUUCCAGAAGCCUCCAGUCAAGCCCUUUUUGCUGACAGUCAAGCUCACAUUUGGGCAUUGGAAGCCUUGUCCCAUCUAGUUGCGGCCUCGUACACAGAAGACCGGUUUGGUGUGGUGCAGACUACAUUUUCCAGUAUACUGAGCUGUAUGUUGAUUUUGCAAGAGGCUGUGGACAAACACUUCAAGUUGCCACAUGCCUCCAGCAAACCUGUAAGGUCUUCCUUCAACCUUGAGGAUACAACCUACAAAACUCUACGUUUCGCACUGAGAGCUGCCCUGAAGACUGCCAUCUAUAGGAUUACAACCACUUUUGGCCAGCACAUCUAUGCUGUGCAAAUGUCAGCAGAGCAUCGAAAGAGGCUCCAACAGUUCAUGGAAUACAAAGAGUAAUUCUCUGCCAUACCAGUUUGUGCCUUGUUUCAGUCAGUGUUUAUUUGAGUUAUACAUAUUUUUCUGUCUUGAGUUACAAUUUACAAAUUUCAGAGUAAAUCUAGUCUCUUGUAUGAUUGGAUUGGUAUUACAGAGAUGAGAUCGGUUUGAUUUGCUCUUUUUACAAAUGAUGUUUACUUUCCCAACUGUAUGUAAUCUUGGAAGUGUAUGCAUAAAAAAAAACCUUCUUUGUCUGUGUGGCUUGAAAUUAAAAUGAACAUUUUUCCAGAAUUUGGAUAGGUUUAUUUUGAAAGUUUCAUGGACAAGCUAAUAAGUAAUCUACUUUAUGUACAUAUGCCACUUAAAUGUCUUGAUCUUGCUCAUGCCACAUAUGCAGACUGGAAAACUGAAUAAAGUUGUCAUGGUUGAGGAAAAAGCUAAGUUAAUUUUAGCCCCCAUUUGUCCAGACCAUUGUCUAGAGGUUUUAACCAACGGAACUCACAUCUACUGGUUCUUGUAAUCACACUCAUUGGAUACACAUGUAUUCUGCCGUGAUGUGUGUAAUGAAUAAGAAGUAAAUCUUACAUAUCUUAUCAGCAGUGUUAAAGAAGCCAUGAAUUUCAAUUCUUCACUUAUUUAUUUUAAAAUAUUGCGGGGUUUUUGGCUUAUGAACAAAUGAACAAAUUGAACAAAUAACUUGCCCCUCUGCAAUAGUGUGAACUAAUAUUUGACUUACUGUUUAUUUUCUGUUUGCCUUUGAGCUGUCCUGUCCAUAUUUUUGUCAUUUAUCAACUAUAUACUGUUUUUGUGACCAGAAUGUUGAAAAAUCCAAAUGUUAAGUUUCUCCAUUCAACUUCAUCAAACUUCAAUAUUGUUCUCUUGGUCAUUUUUUUUGGAAUGUUUAAUAAGAAUUUUUAGUGUUGAAUGGGGCUAACGAUAUUCAUUGUGCAAAAAUGACCAUUGAUAUUUGUUCCCUCUGAUUAAAAAUAAUACUUAAUUUUA